AAAAGCGCACACUCUCUCUCCCGCAAGGAAUAAGGAGGACCCCCCCAAUCCUUUAAAACCUCUCUCUCUCUCUGUCUUUAUCUCUCUCUAAAACACUCAACAGGAAGAAUGGAGCCAUGGCUGGACGACCUUGGCGACGACCUCGAAAGUAUGAGCUUCAACUCCACAGCCACCACUGCCGAGAUCAACCGCAGCACCAGUUCUGGGUCCGAGACCACCUGGACCGCAGCUUCAGUACGUACCAGCACCAACGCGAAGCCACACGCCCCUUCCGGAGAUCCCUGGUGGGACGCCGUCCGGCGAGCCAGAUCGGAGUCCCACUCCGGCCAACUCUCACUCUCCGACCUCCGCUUCCUCCAGCGGCUGGGCUCCGGCGACAUCGGGUCCGUCUACUUAUCCGAGCUCAAGUCCUCCUCCGUCAAUGGCGGUAGCUCUCUUUUUGCCGCCAAAGUCAUGGACAAGAAGGAGCUGGUAAGCCGUAAUAAAGAAGGGCGUGCGAGGACAGAACGGGAAAUACUGGAAAUGUUGGAUCACCCAUUUUUGCCCACCCUAUACGCUACCUUAGAGUCCCCAAAGUGGUCCUGCCUCUUGACCGAGUUCUGCCCCGGCGGCGACCUCCACGUCCUCCGCCAGCGCCAGCCCGGCAAACGCUUCCACGAAUCCGCCGUCAGGUUCUACGCAUCGGAGGUGGUUGUGGCUCUAGAGUAUGUUCACAUGAUGGGAAUAGUUUACCGUGAUCUCAAGCCUGAAAAUGUACUAGUUAGAUCGGACGGCCACAUCAUGCUGACCGAUUUUGAUCUCUCGUUAAAAUGCGACGCUUCUACUUCAACAGCUCAGAUCAUUUCCGAUCAAAAUCCACCACCGGCUACGCCACGGCCAACCGAGUACCGGGUUGAUCCACCACCUUUUACCUCAUCUUCAUGUAUUCUUCCCAAUUGUAUGGUACCUGCGGUGUCAUGCUUCCACCCGAAACGGAAGCGGAAGAAGAAGCCAGGCCGACACUGUGGGCCUGAGUUCGUGUCGGAGCCCAUUGAUGUUCGCUCGAUGUCAUUUGUUGGGACCCACGAGUAUUUGGCACCAGAGAUUAUUUCAGGGGAGGGGCAUGGUAGUGCCGUGGAUUGGUGGACAUUAGGGAUAUUUAUGUUUGAACUAUUGUAUGGUGUCACACCCUUUAAAGGGGUGGACAAUGAGCUAACCCUAGCUAACAUUGUGGCUCGGGCUCUCGAGUUCCCUAAAGAACCGAUCGUGCCCGCUAUGGCUAAGGAUCUCAUCUCACAACUAUUGGUUAAGGAUCCGACAAGACGAAUGGGGUCCACAAUGGGUGCCACGGUAAUCAAACACCAUGCGUUCUUCAACGGAGUCAAUUGGGCACUAUUAAGAUGUCAAUCACCACCAUUCAUUCCUCCACCGUUUAAUCGAGAUGUUGUAUCGGAAGACAGUUGCCCCGACACCCCGGUGGACUAUUAUUGAUCCAUGUCCAUAGUAGAGUCAUAAAAUCAAUCUUAGACCACUUAUACUACUAAUUAAUGAUGGGUUUGAUUAUGGAACGAUUCACAGCAAUGCCUCUAUUAAUGGCCCAUUUUGAACUGGGCAUAAUUGAAUUAUUGUAUAUUAUGAAAA